CCCAAUUUCAGUGUGUUAGACAAAGGCAAAGUUCAUUGCAGCAAAACGAGAUUUCUUCGUUAAGCAGAAUUUUCCAAAAUACAAAUUAAACAGAAAAAUUUAUUAGAAAUGCACGCCAGAUUCGCGGAUCCUGAGCCCGCCUCACCAGACAGUGUGGACAAAAUCGAGACGGAAACAUUGGAGUCACGCAUUGAGGACUUCAAACAGAAUCCCAACAACAUGACCGUCCUGCACGAGUUCAUCGAUGAGGUAGUCCAGCAUGCUGAAACCGAGGCCAAUAAACGUGCGCUUGAGGCACAAAAAUCGCAACAGGGCAAGGAGAAACGACAGAGUUUCGCCAUACCAGAUUUUAAGAACGGUAAGGUUGUCAAUCGUGCCCGUGGCUUUGUGGUCCGCAUCUUCGAUGCCAUCUGCAACUGUGCCAACAACAAUGCAGCUGCAGCCACGACGCGUUUCAAGUUGCGCAGCAAUGGCACCGGAGGAGGCGGUGGAGCUGGUGGUGGUAAACGUCAGCAAUCCCAGGAUGAGCAGGAAACGUUGGCGCUCAGCAAGAAAAAGCCAUCGGCGGAGGGCAAGAAGAAAGCCAAAGGCGUCACCAUGGCCGACAAUGUCGAGGCAGGCGUCCGACUGAUGGACUAAGGAGAGAGAAGAACUUCCCCCACACUCUCCAAAUGUGAAGCUCAGCAAAGGAGUCGUUACAUAAUCAAAUCAUUAAUCUGUAAGAAGCAUGCAAAACAUUCAAUAUCCUGGCAGAGUGAAGACUACUUAUAAUGAUUCAUAUUUGACUUGUUCUAACUGUCGCUGUCAAGUCAAAGUUUUUAGAGACGCAACAUCUAAAUAUUUUUUAUUUUUAAUUUCUUCAAUUUAUUAUAUAUAUAUGACUACAGCUAUAGAAAAUUGCCCCCUUAGUCAGCUAAUUUUUAUACAAUUUUGUUUUUGAGCCAAGCUUUAUCAAAACCUAUAAACUUUGUAACAGAAAUUCAGAAGGAAAAACGAUCGCAUAUGAAUUUCUUCAUCGUUCUGAUCGCUCUGCUAGGAUAUGAAAAGUUCCAGGCAUUCUUUUAGCUAUAGAAAAGCAAAUGAAUGAAAACUUCGGUUGAUAAAUUUAUAUGCUGCCAGCUUCAAAAACUUAUUGAAGAUACAAAAACUCGGUAACAAAUCAAAAGUUCCAUAGAACCAAACUCCAAUUUCACUGAGUAAAAACCUCCCCAAGAACUUUCCUACGCUUAACUCUACUUGAAUUUUCUUCGUUGCUCAAAUCUAAAGAGAACAAAGCACAAAUUGUAGGUCUUCCCCUGGAUUAUGAAUAAAAAGCUUUAACGGCACCAGAACUGUCCCGAAAACUACAUAUGAUUAUAUGCAUGUCUAAAUUGAAAUAUCGGCAUUACUUUAUGAUUUCAUAAACCUAAAUGUGAUCCCAAAAUGUAUGAUAACAAAAAUUGAGAAUAUGGAUGACUCAAAAUGCAGUCCAAAGAGCACAAUAUUAUAUAUCUUUAGGUUAGCAAUUAUCUAAGAAAGAAAGCAACAAAUUGUGAAAGAUCUCAUUUCACAUACAACUAUCAUAAAAAAAACAAACAACCUUCACGCACAACACAAUCAAUUUGAAACUGAACAGAGUCGAAACAUCCCACAAAAGGCCUGUAAAACUCCACCUAAUUAUAACUGUACGGUUAAAAAAAAAUUAAAAAAUAAAACGCAACAUUCGAGU